AUGCAAGCAGAGCAGAUAUCUCUCGAAGACAAGAACCACGAACUCUCUGAAGCCUACAAAGAAAAGGCCAAGGCUCAGCAACAGACGCUGAAACUCUACCAAGGACUCAAGGCGCAGGUCAUGGUAUCGCAUGUAGCCCACGCUGCAGGUGAUGAAGCAGAGUACACGCUUCAGACUGCUCGAAGAGAUCGCUUCAUCGAUCGCCUCCCAGGUACACGGACAGAAUCCGCUCCACUCGGGACGCCGUCGAACCCCCACAAAAGCCGUCUGCCAGUCCUGGGCGGAACACGUCAAAAUCCAUACCUCAAUCCGGAUGCUGCUACGCCAUACCAGAGUUCAACCAUGACCAGGCAGCCGCUUGCUGGUAGUAUGGCACCGCAUGACUUGGGAAACUUCGCGCGUGGCGGCAGGUCAUCGGGGAGACCUGCGGGUGGGCACACUGGGGGGGGUUGGUACGAUGAGCUGGCAGAUGCAUGA